AUGAGCAUGUUUACUCGAUCCAUCCUGAAAGACCCAAAUGCGUCUUCGGCCAAUAUAGCGAUUUGGAAGAAAGUGUGCUUUGACGAUGUUCAUAUCCGAGAGUACGCGAUUGUACUGGGCGACAAUCCGGCUGUAUCCAAGGGCGCGCCACUGCAAAUCACUUGGGAUUACCACAAUGAAGAUGUCAUUGACGUUGACAUCUUUGAGCAAUGCAGAGAGCCUGUACGGCGCCACCGCAAAAAAAUUGUCUUGUCGGCCCGCAAACGAGCCAAAAUAUUACUUGGUGCCGGCCACACGGUAGAAGAAAUUGCCGACAUGACACUGCAGUGUCAAAAUUCCAAACGCCAACGAGUCGAAUCCGUCAAGGAAUUUGGAAAAUGGGACUUUUCCAAUCUCAAUGUCAAUCUCGCUGAUUUCAUGACGGGGACGGCCGAAGUCACUGGACGGACCCUCAAGCUCGUGGGAAUUGAUGCCAUUGGUGGUGCGUUGCAGACCAGUGGACAAGCCGUCGGAAAGGCCAGCAUGGCCGUCGUUACCGGUACCGGUAAAAUUGUCAUGGGUACCGGAAAGGUUGCCGGGGAUGUCGUCUUGGGCACGGGCAAAUUUGCCACCGAUGUGGUGGUGGGCACGGGUAAAUUGGGUGUCGAUGUCGUCGUGGGCACUGGAAAGGUCGCCACCGAUGUCGUUGUCGGUACCGUCAAGGGUACUGGUAAAGUCCUCGUGGGGACUGGUCGAGUGACCACCGAUGUCGUUGUUGGUACGGUCGUUGGUACGGGAACCUUGCUCAAAAAGGGUACCGAUGUCGUCGUGGAGGGGACCCGCAAGUCCGUCAAGGGGACCCUCAAGGGAAUUGGAAAGGCACCACGAAGAAUUACCAAUAUCUUUUCCCAGGGCGAACUCAUUCGCACGGCCGAUUUGAAAGAUACCAAGGAUCACUUGAAGCACAUCGAUUUAUUGGAAGGAGAUGAGGAUGAUGAUAAUCUCGAAGACAGCAAUCACAGUGCUCCCCAGCAGAGAGGCAGAUCCAAAAAGGAUCGUCGGAAUACCGAACUGAGCCCUCCUCGACCUGGAAGGACUACUCGCAUCAGCAGUGCACCUGUUGGCACUAAUAGCAACAACCACAACAGUAACCCCUUGCUAACCGCACAAGAAGACGCCGUGAUGGACGAGUUGGCAGAAAUGGAAGAAUUCAUGAUGCAUCUGCAAGAGAUGGACCCCGAACAAGUUAAGAGAGCGCUGGGGAAGCAAAGCACACAGGCAUACUGA